AUCGUUUACCAUGGUUCAUUCGCUCGUGCGAGUCAGUGAAAUGUGCGCCGGCAUCCACUUCGAAUAUGUGCGUCGUUAAUUUUUAGUUUCGGGUAUCACACUCACCACCACUGUGCGCGAGUGUCCUCAACACUCCCGUGCUGCUAUCAAUUCGUUUCACAAUUUUUCCAGAAAGAUUCGUUCCACCAUAAGCGACAAGCAAGAUGGCAUCAUCGCUGAAACUGCUAGUGGGGGGUGCAAGUGCCAUUGGUGCUAGUGCCCUUACUUCUUAUCUAUUAAUGUCCGAUAGUACCGUGCACGCGGACGUACCGAAGCCACGACCACCUAAAAGACCCUUGCCAACCAGAGAGGAACAGGUGAAGACCUUAAAGAAUAAUGAGGAAUACGAUGUUCUCAUUGUUGGUGGUGGUGCAACGGGUGCUGGGUGCGCGUUGGAUGCUUGCACACGAGGCUUGAAAACAGCGUUGAUCGAGGGAGAUGACUUUGCCUCUGGUACAUCUUCCAGAAGUACAAAACUCAUCCAUGGUGGAGUGCGUUACUUGCAGAAGGCUAUAAUGCAAUUGGACGUAGAACAGUACAAAAUGGUCAAGGAAGCUUUGCACGAACGAGCUUCUAUGUUACACAGCGCACCUCACUUGGCUCAUCCUUUGCCUAUCAUGUUGCCCGUUUAUACGUGGUGGCAAAUUCCUUACUACUGGUUCGGUAUAAAAAUGUACGACCUUGUGGCUGGAAGUAAGACAGUAAAGUCGUCGUACUUUCUCAGCAAAAGCAAUGCGUUGGAAUUGUUCCCCAUGUUGAAAGGGGACAAACUUACGGGAGCAAUUGUCUACUAUGAUGGUCAACAGGAUGAUGCCAGGAUGAAUUUGGCAGUCGCACUUACCGCCUCAAGACAUGGCGCAACAGUCGUAAAUCAUGUUACGGUUGUUAAUCUCUUGAAAGGUCUUGAUAAGGACGGCAAUCGGGUCCUCACUGGUGCUCGCGUGAGAGAUGAACUUACAGGUGAACAGUGGGAUGUGAAAGCAAAGGCGAUAAUAAACGCAACGGGUCCAUUCACCGAUCAUAUCAGGAAGAUGGAUGACCAAGAUGUUAAAGAAAUCUGCUGUCCUUCUUCGGGUGUUCACAUUGUUCUUCCAGGUUACUACAGUCCUGAUCAAAUGGGUUUACUGGACCCAGCAACGAGCGAUGGCCGAGUGAUCUUCUUCCUACCCUGGCAGAAGCAAACGAUCGCAGGAACGACUGAUUUACCCUGUCAAGUAACGCAUAAUCCACGACCCACAGAAGAUGAAAUCAUGUUCAUUUUACGUGAAGUAAAGAACUACCUCAAUCCGGACGUUGAAGUCCGUCGCGGAGACGUAUUGUCUGCUUGGAGUGGAAUCAGACCCCUCGUCUCCGAUCCGAACAAACCAAACACUCAAUCUCUAGCCAGAAAUCAUAUCGUGCAUGUCAGUCCCACAAAACUUAUCACGAUAGCUGGAGGAAAAUGGACGACGUAUAGGGCAAUGGCCGAGGAAACCAUCGACGCAGCUAUCAAAGCUUGCGAUUUAAAACCUGAAAGACCCUGUCAGACAAAUGGUUUUCUCCUCGAGGGAGCUCAUGGUUGGAGUCCGACAAUGUACAUCAGAUUGGUACAAGAUUUUGGCUUGGAGUGUGAGGUUGCGCAACAUCUAGCCAAAAGUUAUGGAGAUCGUGCAUUUGCAGUAGCAAAAAUGGCUUCUCUCACUGGUAAAAGGUGGCCGAUCAUAGGUAAAAAGAUUCAUCCUGAAUUUCCGUAUAUCGAUGCCGAGAUUCGAUAUGGAGUUCGUGAAUACGCGAGAACGACGAUUGACAUGAUUGCAAGAAGAUUGAGAUUAGCUUUCUUGAACGUCCAGGCAGCACAAGAAGCUCUUCCAGCUAUCAUCGACAUCAUGGCGGAGGAAUUACACUGGACACCAGAUGAAAAAAAAAGGCAGCAUAAGUUGGCUUCUGAAUUUCUCGCUAAUGAAAUGGGACAAAUGGUUAACCGUGCAUCCCGUGACAAAAUUCCCAUUAAUCUCACGAAGGAGGAAAUUCAAUUGUACAUUAAACGUUUCGGGAUCAUCGACAAAGACAACAAAGGCUACGUUUCCAUUAACGAUAUCAGACGAGGACUUAAGUUAUUUGGUGACAAGGAAGUACCUGGUGAAGAGCUUCAUGAAAUACUGCGCGAAAUCGACACUAAUAUGAACGGUCAGGUCGAGUUGGACGAAUAUCUUCAGAUGAUGUCUGCUAUCAAAUCUGGACACGUGGCAUAUUCGCGUUUCGCAAGGAUGGCAGAGAUGGAAGAGGCGCAACACGAAAAAGAAGUAUUGAAGAAACAGAUCAGCGUGGAGAGAUCAGGCGGUGGACUGUAAAAAAGGUUCAUGUUCUGUGCGGCAUUGUACAAUUUCCCGCAAAUAUUUCUAAACGCAAUUCACAUGUUCAAAACAUAGCACUACGUAAAUUCAUUAUGACAGAAUCAUUAUUCACUCUGAAUUUCAAUUGUAGCCCACUCUAGUACAAAUAUUUUAGGAUUUUUAUAGACCUAUUUGUCUUUUUUCGUACUUUAUACAACGACUUUCUACCUUCGUUGCAAUUAGCUUGCGAGCUCAAAACGAACGAGAUGAAGUUAAGGAAAAGGAACAUUUUAUGCACGUAAAUGUACAUUAAUUACGGCUACGUCAAGUCUUAACUAAUUUAACGAUCAACUUCGAAGAAAAAAGAGAAUGACACGACCAUAAUAAGAAUUUCAAUUUUAAUAUGUAAAUAUUUUUGUGUACAGCGUUUUCAGUUUUCAUUAAGCGACAGAACAAAUAUGUUCUAAUCUGUAUAUAGGUCCUCAAGUGCACCAAUGUGAUCAAAAGAUGUAUUUAUGACUGUUGUAUACCAAGUCGGUACAAUUUUCAGAGAACUAUAUACACGAAUGUAUCGAAUAGUCUUGUGAUUACUUAUUGGUCACAAGCCAAAUAUCAUAAUCAUGAAACAUACAUUUCAUAAUUACAAAGGAUUGAUGUCACAGAAAAUUGAACUCUAGCUUAACAGUUUAAAGGAUGCAAUUUCAUAUAAAGAAAUAUACGAUUUUAUUGUAAGUUUGUUACUAUACAAUUGUAACAAAAUCGUCAAAUACUGUGAACAAUUCCCCAUCUAGAUUUACAUGUGAUACAAUUACACAUGCCAUUGGAUUGUAAGCUUGAUUUUAUUUUUAGAAUAUUCUCGAAGAUGAAUUUAUUUAUAAUUUACAUUAAUUGCUAAUGUAUAUUAGAGAAGAGUCUAUAUAUAUAUAUAGGUUAUUUGAUUAUUUAAAUGUAACUACUUAUUUAAUUUAUUGCGACUAACAUCAUGCAAUCACGACAUAUGACCGAUGUUAGAGAUUAAUUUAUUUCAUUUGUCAUUAGUCAUUACCAUUGACUAAUAAAAAGCCAUAUUGGAUUUA